GACCAUUUAGGCUCCACUUUUACGCACUAAACUUCAGUGUGGAUUUCGUCAGAGAGUGUUAAGGGUUUAGUGUUUCCACUAAACUUUUCACUUUUCCCUCGACUUCCCUUAACGGUAAACGCUGUCGGUAUGUUUUCACUCUUAUGCGGAUUGUUGUGUUUUUGUGCGCUGGGCUCAGGUCAACCAGCGAGCGGCCAGGCGGACGAUGGAAAGCGGUACAUCUGCCGGGCAAUACCCCUCAGCGGCGAUGCCAGCUGCCCUGUUACAUUGUUACCCGAGCUUAACGUCGGGAGCCAGGAAGAGGAGCUCAGGAACACUGUCAUGCAGCUGCGAGAGACGAUUUUACAGCAGAAAGAAACUAUUUCCAAGCAGCUGGGCACCAUCAACGAGCUGACCACCAAGCUGUCCCUGUGCGCCUCAGCCACCGACGAUAGGAAGUACGACAAGGGGGGUUCCUGGGGGAAAGUAAAGCAAAACACAAUGGGGGAUGUUCCCAGAGAUCCCAAUGACACCAUUGACAGUCUUGGAAAAACCAUGCAAGGGCUCAAAGACCGUCUGGAAAACCUGGAGCAACAGCAGAUGCGGGCCAACGUGUCCGGCGCCUCAUUCCCCAGCGAGCUCCGCGACCUCCUGCAGCGUCGGCUCGGGGAGCUGGAGAAGCAGCUCCUGAAGAAAGUCAGCAACCUGGAGGAGGAGAAGAGCAUGCUGUCCAACGCCACCGCCGCCUACAGGAUGAAGACAGAGAGCACGCUCAAUGCCCUGGUGGAGAGGAUCAGCGAGCUGGAGAAAGGGGGAGGAGACUUCAAGUCCCCAGAGCAGUUUAAGCUGUCCCUUCCCCAGCGGACCAACUACCUGUACGGCCGCAUCACCAAGAGCUUGCCAGAGAUGUACGCCUUCACACUCUGCAUGUGGAUCAAGUCUAGCGCCAGUCCUGGAAUAGGGACACCCUUCUCGUACGGGGUGCCGGGCCAAGCGAAUGAAAUUGUGCUGAUCGAAUGGGGCAAUAACCCAAUAGAGCUUCUCAUCAACGACAAGGUUGCCCAGUUGCCUUUGGAGGUACGUGAUGGAAAGUGGCACCACAUCUGCAUCUCCUGGACCACACGGGACGGCCAAUGGGAGGCUUACCAAAAUGGAGUGAAGCUGGGAUCUGGUGACAACCUGGCGGCCUGGCACCCCAUCAAACCUGGGGGGGUCAUCAUCCUCGGGCAGGAGCAGGACGUGGUGGGCGGGCGUUUUGAUGCCGGACAGGCCUUCGUGGGCGAGCUGAGUCAGGUGAACAUUUGGGACCGCGUUCUGAAGCCUGUGGAGAUCCAGUCAAUGGCCAACUGCAGCUCUUACAUCCCCGGGAAUGUGGUCUCCUGGCUAGCAAGCAAUGUUGAAGUUUUUGGGAGGGGGGCAUUCAAACGGCCUUUGGAGAUGUGUCAGGAGCGUCUGCCUAACGCUUAAAAUCUGCCUGUCUGCUUCUCUUUUGAUUACCUGCUGUUUCCAUCCAUCAGCAUUUUCCUGUUUAUUGUCUACUAGACUUUAGGUGAUACAUUGUUUUAUCUGCUUUGCACAGAGAUAUAUUUGGGAUAUGUAAACCAGAUAGAAUCUCUCAAAAUCAAACGUUCGCUUACACAUGACAAAACACACCAAAGUGCAUAUUGUUAUGUGGAGGCUGGACAGAGGCAACCAGAGAGUUACAUAUACCAUUUCUUUCUCCCCUACAAUUAAGAUACUUAAAAACUUAAGUGCACCCACUAUAGUAAAAAGGUCCCCUCAGGUAUUAGUGCUAACACCAACCCCUUCACCCCACCCUAAAAAAAAAAAAGCUUUCAAGUAAUGAAAAUCCACUUUAGUCCAGCACAGACGCACGCAUGUGCUGCGACUACUACAAAUACACUGAGGCCCAGACUGGCUGGUGGUUUGGCGUUUGUAUGUGAGCUGACAUUGCGUGCUGUGUGGGAGGAAAGAUUAAAGGUCUGGCUAAUGUUAUGUCUCUUCCUUAACUAGGGGAUGGGCUUGGAGCCAUCGUCAAUUAAACGUCUGAUCCUGACAUGUUCGGUCAUUUUUAAGGGGGGUAGAGCUGGAACAAUACUAUUGGGCGCUUCAUCUGUUGUGUGGUACUGGCUGGUACUGUAGUUGGAGCAUGUGUGCAGCAGACUUAACCCUCUGGUGUAAAUCCUACUGUUAGUUUUCCAGCUUAGGUAAGAGUUAGUGAAAACUUUAUCUUAUUGGGAAGCUUUAUUCUUUGCAUGUGUAACUGAUACCAGUGAUACUAGUGAGUCUAUCACAGUGCUUUCUCUCCUGCCUUUUCCAUCCGAACAAAACCUUGUUUAGAAUGGAGAAUCAUGUUAAAAAUAUUUUCAUAGCUUCAAUGUUGUGAUAUAUUUUUAUCUGUGAUUUGUAAUGUUGUUAUUGUGGCUAUUGUAACUACACACUGAACAAAAAAAAACAGAUUAGACCUUUCAAAACUCUCACAAAUGUACUUUGAAUGUACUGGCUGUACAUUAAUUGUUUGUAUGUGUAGUGUAAUUUUCCAUUAUUCAGUGUCUCUGUCCAGAAAGACCGGAGUUGUUUUUUUUUAAGUGAUCUCUGUUUUCAGUACAUGCACAAGGCAAUGUUCACCUUGUCAUCGUCACCUUUGCCUUUUAAUGGAGACUUAAGUGCCAUUUAAUGUUUUCUAAGUGUUGAAAUGGUUUGCUUUGCCAAUAAAUGAAAAUGUGGAAAAUAAAGAAAACU